UCUCUGAUCUUCGAGGAGAAUGGACGACACGGCUUCCCACAACAGCACACGGCGCGCACAAUGAUGACGUAGCUCCGUUCUCCCGGCUAUAACAAACAUGGAGGAAUAUGCCCGUGAACCUUGUCCCUGGAGAAUAGUGGAUGACUGCGGAGGGGCUUUUACCAUGGGUGCAAUCGGGGGAGGAGUAUUCCAGGCGAUCAAGGGCUUUCGUAAUGCCCCCGCAGGUGUUGGACACAGACUGAGAGGAAGUGCAAACGCAGUGAGAAUAAGAGCUCCACAGAUUGGAGGUAGCUUUGCUGUUUGGGGAGGGCUCUUCUCCACCAUCGACUGUGGUUUAGUUCGCCUGAGAGGGAAAGAGGAUCCUUGGAACUCUAUAACAAGCGGUGCUAUGACGGGGGCCAUCCUGGCAGCCCGCAGUGGGCCGUUGACUAUGAUGGGCUCUGCCAUGAUGGGGGGAAUAUUGCUCGCUCUCAUUGAGGGUUUUGGGAUCCUUCUAACCAGAUAUACAGCGCAGCAGUUUCAGAACCCUAUUCCAUUUGCAGACGACCCCAGUCAGUUGCCUCCAAAGGAUGGGGGUCAGCAACAGGGGGGAAAGGGACAGUUUCAGUAGAGAGCAGCAAGGACUGAGACCAGCUGUGGACACAGUGAGUGAGACCAGUAGGGGGGACACCAGACAUUGCAGGAGGUGCCAGGAUGACCAGGCUGUGGAGAUACUGGUCUCUACAGCGGUGUCAAGUACUUGCACUAUAUUCUUAUACCUCAGGGGCAUAUUACUGUGAAUUUAAGUGAUUUAUGAGUGAGUGUUGGUGACCAACCUCAUUGUUGC